AUGGUCAUGCAAAGGUUUACAUUCAGCCAUCUGGAUAGUGCCAUAGAUCAGCUUUUAACUCAGAGUCCUGGUGACUACAUCCCUAUCUCCUAUGAACAAAUAUACAGUUGCGUGUAUAAGUGUGUAUGCCAGCAGCAUUCGGAACAGAUGUAUAGUGACCUAAUAAAAAAGAUAACUAACCACUUAGAGAGAGUCUCAAAGAAGCUGCAGGUCAGCCCUCCAUAUCUCUAUAUUGAAAGAUUUAAGGUAGCUCUUGGACAGUAUAUGGGAGCAUUGCAGAGCAUUGUGCCUCUUUUCAUAUAUAUGAAUAAAUUUUACAUAGAAACCAAGCUUAACAGAGACUUAAAAGAUGACUUGUUUACAGAACAUGCUGCAGAAAAGCACGUUUACAACCUAAUGCCUUUACUUUUAGAAGCUCAGUCAACGCCGUUUCAAAGAACUCCUUCAACCAUGGCAAAUAUCGUGAAAGGCCUGUAUACACUACGACCAGAAUGGGUACAGAUGGCACCAGCUUUAUUUUCUAAAUUCAUGUAUGUUAUGAAUAUGCGGCUUCUCUGGUUGUUUUGA